GGAAGGUGACGCUGUAGCCAGGUUGACAAUAGUGACGUGUUAAUGUGUCUGCUGAGCCUCUGUCAGCAAUGGCGGGUGUGUUGUGUAUGUGUGGGUUGCUGAGACUUCUGACAUCCUUGUUCAUUCCUGGGCUUUUCAUUAGUGUUGUUCUUUGCCUCUUUUUGGUUAUACUGUUUGUUUGUGUCCGGGUUUGGAUAAAGCAAAAGAAGAAGCAGGCUGUGCAGUUAGACAAGGAUGGCAAGCAACACAAAGUAGUGGCUUUUUUUCACCCAUACUGCAAUGCAGGUGGAGGAGGAGAGCGAGUUCUUUGGUGUGCUCUGAGAGCCCUACAGAAACGGUACAAAGAUGCAAUCUACAUUGUAUACACUGGAGAUAAAGAUGUCACUGGGGAACAGAUUCUUAAUGGAGCUGCUGGAAGAUUUAACAUCAAGUUAUCUCAUCCUGUGAAGUUCAUAUUUUUGGAAAGACGAUGUUUUGUAGAAGCUAGUCUCUACCCUCAUUUUACCUUGCUAGGCCAGAGCCUUGGUUCUAUUAUUUUAGGGUGGGAGGCUCUCGUGAAGUGUGUGCCAGAUAUUUACAUUGACUCAAUGGGAUAUGCAUUUACGCUUCCUCUCUUCAAGUACGUGGGAGGCUGCAAAGUGGGUUGUUAUGUCCACUAUCCAACAAUUAGCACAGAUAUGCUCUCUGUGGUUCGUAGCCAGCAUGCUAGAUUUAACAAUGCUGCUUUUAUCUCUAACAAUCCUGUGCUAAGCCGACUUAAAUUGAUCUAUUACUACUUGUUUGCUGCUUUGUAUGGAAGGGUUGGUUCGUGUAGUGACAUCAUUAUGGUUAAUUCUUCAUGGACAUUUAAUCACAUUCUUGUUUUAUGGAAAUGUGGUGACCGCACCAGCAUAGUCUAUCCACCCUGUGAUGUCCAGACAUUUUUGGAUCUAAAUCUAAAUCAAGAAGAUGGAAGGGUGACUUAUACAAUUGUAUCAGUUGGACAGUUCCGUCCAGAAAAGGACCACCCACUUCAGAUUCGAGCUUUCUGUGCUUUAUUGGCAAAGAAGAGCCCUGAACAAAAAUCAAAGUUGAAACUCAUUCUCAUUGGUGGAUGUCGUAACAAAGAAGAUGAACUUCGUGUGGCAGAGUUGAAAAAGCUUAGCUCAGAGCUUGCUGUUCCUGUUGACUUUAAAGUUAACAUUUCUUUUGAAGAGUUAAAAAGACAUCUAAAUGAUGCCACAAUAGGACUGCACACUAUGUGGAACGAACACUUUGGAAUUGGAGUAGUUGAAUGCAUGGCAGCUGGAACAAUAAUCCUAGCUCACAACUCAGGAGGCCCCAAGCUGGACAUAGUGGUUCCUUAUGAAGGACAUGAAACUGGAUUUCUGGCAGAUAAUGAAGACACCUAUGCCUCUGCCAUGGAACACAUCCUCUCUCUGUCACCAGAAAAGAGGCUGCUUAUCAGGCAAAAUGCACGACAUUCUGUCGUCAGAUUUUCAGAUCAAGAGUUUGAAGCAAAUUUCCUUUCUGCUACAGAACAGCUGUUUAAAUGAUUACAUUUGGUCUUAUUUAUGUUGGGGGAAGGGUCUCGGGCAGGCAUGUCAAAUAUUUUUGUAUUGUACUUGAUAUUUUUAUUUUGUAUAUACUGUUAUAUUGUAAAUACAAAAUGUAAUAUAUAGGAAACCAUUAAAUGUUGCUGCAUCUAAACAUAAAUGCUGUAUCAGUUAAAAUAUUUUAUUAGAUCCUUUUUUAUGUUUUACUUGUGUUUUGCCAUCUAGAUAAAUGAAAAUAUUUUAAAUUUCAAA